AUGGCCCCCCCGACCAUGCCAGCUCGAGGCGAUCGAUCCGCACCCACUUUCGACCCCAGCCGACCACGCACUCUUCGCCGAUACUUUGCAGACCUUGACUUUCACUUUGUUCAUUCGGCAGUCAACAGCGACUUGGAGCGGAAGAGACACGCCUGCCGAUUCGCCGAUCUUGACACCUCCGACCUCUGGGAGUCCCUGCCGACCUUUUCGGACCACGCGAAGACAUACCAGGACUUCUGUGACUCUGUGUACAAGCUUUAUCCUGGUGCCGAUGAUGAUCGCAGAUGGUUAGUUGCUGACUUGCAUAGCCUUGUCGGAAUGUAUAGCCGGAUCGGCAUUGGCUCACUGGGGGAUCUGGGCGUCUAUUACCGAAGAUUUCUAGCGAUUGCACUCUUUCUGCGUCAAAAGAAUCGGAUUUCAGAGGUUGAAGAAGGGCAUACCUUUGCACAGGGAUUUCAGACAAAACUUUGGGUUCGCAUCUUGCAGAGACUACAGAUAAAGCUUCCCGAUCACUUCCCCGAUGACCCCUAUUGUCUUGACGAUAUCUAUGAUGCCGCACGAUUUGUUCUUCAUGGCACCACCACCUCUUUCGCACCUCCCUUGUGUCAGUCAAUCAUGGAAAUCGGCGCGACCGCAGUGCAAUCGGGCGACCUUGGAACCACCCUAACACGCAUCGCCGAAUCGUUCGGCAAAGCCCUCAGCUCCGCGAUCAGCUUCGGACGUCCGCACGCACACCCAGCUCGCUGCCAACGAUGCUCAUUCUGUGGUUUGACUGGCCACUUCAUUGCUGCGUGUCCUUCUGUUUUGGAGUAUGUCCGCAUCGGGAAGUGCAUUCGGAAUUCGGAGAACAAGGUGGUCUUGUCUUCAGGUUGUUUUGUGCCACAUAGGAUCAAAGGACGCACUCUCAGGGACCGGAUUGAUGAAUGGUACCGAUGCAAUCCCCAAUCGAAUGCUAUGGCCAGCCUAGAACUUGGAACCGAUUUUCAGUCGCGCCGAUCGGCGCCCAUCAUCUCCAAUUUCGGUUCUCCCUCCCUGCGCAGUCCUGGAUUUACAGGUAGAUUUGCUUGUUCUAAUCGCAUUGCAGCACUCGAGGAUGAACUUUGCUGCCUUCGAAAGCUCUCAUGUCCCAUGUCCGAUGGCCGAACAGACGUUCGGAAGCCCGCCGAACGUUCGAGAUGCACCAUACUCCCUCCAUUAGCUUCCAAACACCAUCCACUCUCAUUGUCCCCUGACCCGAAAUCUUCGGCACCUUUUUCUAGGCGUUCGGAAUGCUUUCCACUUUCGCAAGCGGCUAUAGGGCACCUCUCCGAUGACGUACCAUCACCUUCCAGUGUGUCUAGCGAUUCCAAUCAUCCUGUUGUCUCAAUUUUUUCGCAUUCAUUUAUACCACCCUCAUCACUUCCUCCGAAAUCAUCCUUAAUGCAUGUCCGAUCGCAUCAGCCCACCUUUUACCGACUCUGCCCUCCGAACACCUUUCCCAACCACCGAUCAUGUCUGUGUACUUCCAACCACACUUGUACCCCAGCCGAUUUUGCACGCUUUCAAUGGCACAGGCACUGGUCUGAUCAUAUUGGCACUCUGACGGCUUUGGCACACUUCCGAUCGCUUCGGCGCACCACUGGCCGUAGGGGCUCUCCGACUGCAUUUGAUCCACAUCUGAUUGCAUUGGCGCAUUGCUGA